AUGGGGUGCUCUUACUCUGAUCCGGGGAAACCGAGCGGUACCAUGGAGCACCAUUGCCAAAGAUCGGAAGGCGUGGUGUGCUGUGAUCCGCGCCCACACAACGUGAGCGAGGAAAGGAUCGACUAAGUAACUAAGUAAGUAAGUAACCCAUGGGGUCCAGCGUCUACUCGAGGUUGGUCGCGAGUACCAGAUCCCACUCACACUUGUCUUCAUAGACUUCCACAAGGCAUUCGACAGUGUUGAGCCAGGGGCUAUCUGGGAAAGUCUCCGAAGGCAAGGGAUAGAUUCGGCCUACAUCAACCUACUCAAAGAGUGCUAUACCAACUGCAGCACAACAUUCACACCCUUCCACCGACCUGUGACGGUCCCAAUCACGAGAGGAGUGCGGCAAGGCGAUCCUAUCUCGCCAAACUUGUUCUCGGCCUGCCUAGAACUAGUCUUCAGCGAAAUGUCCUGGAACCAUCUGAAAGGGCACGACGAGGACCACCCGACAAACCCUGGAAUCAGAAUCAACGGCAGAAAUCGAUUUGUUAGGUUAGAUCUAACGCAUCUAAGAUUUGCAGAUGGUAUUGUCCUAGCGGCAAAUCAUCCAAAUACUGCCAGCGAGAUGAUCCAGGAACUAGUGAAAAGGUGUGCAAAAGUAGGUCUCCAAAUAAAUACUAAUAAAACCAAAGUGUUGCGAAACACAUUUGCCACCGACCAUCCGGCCUGCAUCAAAAGUGGAGCAACCACCACCACCGCCAUCGACGAUGUCAACGAGUACAUCUACUUAGGUAGACUACUCAACACACGGAACGAAUUGGAGCCGGAGCUCCAUAGAAGACGACGAGCAGCGUGGGCGGCAUUUAACGGAAUCAAGGACACCACGGAUGCCCUCACCUGCCCCAAAAUCCGUGCCAGACUCUUCGACUCGAUAGUCCUCCCGGCGCUCGCCUACGGCUCAGAAACCUGGACCUUUACGAAGGCACUGGCUGAAAGAGUGCGAGUACCUCUACUCCACGUCAAAAAGAGGAAGUUCGGCUGGGCCGGACACGUGGCACGAAGGACAGACAACCGGUGGACCACUCUGACGCAAGAAUGGAUCCCAAGAGACACAAAGCGACCGGUCGGCAGACCGCCGAUAAGAUGGAUCGACGCCCUCAACAAAGAAGUCACCAUCCGACAAGGAAACCGAGUGGUACCAUGGAGCACCAUUGCCAAAGAUCGGAAGGCGUGGUGUGCUGUGAUCCGCGCCCACACAACGUGA